GUGUUCCAUCUCUAUUGACGAGGUUUUAUUAAUACUGUUUUUUAAAACGUUCAACAUUUAAUAUUGUAUUAAACACUAUGAUGAAUUAUUUUUUAGUAAUUAUAAUUCUAUGCUCAACUCCAGGUCAUUCUGGUAAAUCUGGUUAUGGGUCGCCACCUUCGUCUCCCUCAGAUCGCAGAUACGAGCUUAUCGACCACACUGAAGUCUUGGUUGAAUUCAUAAGCAAGCUCCAUCUAAGCAACAGAUGUUCAGAUGUUGUUUUGGUUGUGGGUAAAGAACGAUUGCCCGCCCAUCGUAUUAUACUAGCCUCACAAACCGAAUAUUUUAGGAGGAUUUUUUUUGAAGAUUAUAAAGAAUCACAUAAAUCUGUGGUCAAUCUUAGUGAUGCACCAGUAACAUCAUUUGAAAUACUUCAUAAAUAUAUAUAUACUGGUCGAAUAAAUUUAGGUGAUCUAAAGAAAGGAGAAGUUUUCGAAUUACUCAAAAUGUCGGAUUAUUUUGGCAUUUCAAACUUGAAACUUUCACUGCACAAGUAUUUAAAAAAUCACAGUAACGAGCAUAUCGACCAUACUGGACUCUUGGUUGAAUUCAUAAGAGACCUCUAUCUAAGCGACAGAUGUUCAGAUGUUGUUUUAGUUGUGGGUAAAGAACGAUUGCCCGCCCAUCGUAUUAUACUAGCCUCACACAGCGAAUAUUUUAGGAGGGUUUUUUAUGAAGAUGAUAAAGAAUCCCAUAAAUCUGAGGUCAAUCUUAGUGAUGCACCAGUAACAUCAUUUGAAAUACUUCUUAAAUAUAUUUAUACUGGUCGAAUAAAUUUAGGUGAUCUAGAGGGUGAAGAAGUUUUCAAAUUACUUAGGAUUUCGGUUUAUUAUGGCAUUUUAAAUUUAAAACUUCCACUGCACGAGUAUUUAAAAAGUACUAUUGACGUAGAAAAUACAUGGUCGUUCUUAGCUAUGACUCGAACUUAUAAAUACAAUGACCUUGAAGUCGAAUCACUUCACUUUAUCGAUAACCACGCCUCAGAAGUAUUGCAAUCUGAUGACUUUCUAUCUUUGACAUCAGAAGUUCUUCAAGAUAUUAUCAUUCGUGACUCAUUUUAUUGUAAUGAAUUAGAUAUAUUCCACGCAGUUUGUCGCUGGAUUAAAAUACAACAAAACAUCCUUGAUCAUAAUACUGAAAUGAAAGUUUUAUCUGCCGUCAGAUAUCCUUUAAUGAGUACUAAAGAACUGGCUGAGGUUAGGCAAUCACCGCUGGUUAAAUCUAAUAAAAGUUUACAUGACACAAUAUUCAGGAACACCUCGUCACCAGAUAAGCUUCAAUAUCGAGGCCAGCUAAAACCCAAUGUAGAUCUUAUUCAUCGGCCACGUGACUUCCUUUUUCCUAUACCUUCGAAUACUCCGGUUAUCAAUGGCACUAACGGUAGUACUACGAUAACCUUGCAUGAUCCAUCAUUUAUAAACUAUAUUGUAAUAUCGUUACCGGGUAGAGAUUGCCUGGAUAAACAAAGGUAUUACUCUUAUUACAUUGAUGUUUCAAUGGACCAGACGGUUUGGUUCCGUGCUAUAGAUCAUUCAAAUUAUAAUUGUCGAUCAGCUCAAAAUUUGUGGAUUGAAUCACGCAUAGUUCGGUAUAUACGCGUUGUAGGAACUGCUAAUGAAACUUUUGAAUUUUCGAGUGUCAAGUACAAUACAGAAGAAAUGCACGAGGUGGAAAUAAAAAAUGGAUUAGUCGUUCCUAAGUACGGGUAUAAUGUCGCAUCAAGUUUUAGGUAUGCAUUUGUAAUCAAAGGAGAACAUAAUUUGUGGAGUCAGUCGAUGUUAAACGUAUUAGUUGAUGAUUACUAUGAUCGUUAUGAUAAUAAGAUUGAUCGUUUAAACAUGUAUACAUAUCAUAAUUUACAAUCUGGUUGUAUAGUGAUUCAUCUUGCACAACCAUAUAUACUUAGUUCAAUGAGGUUUCUGCUUUGGGGCGGUAAUGACCAAUUCUACAAGUACACUGUUGAGGAUUCUAUCAAUAAUCAGGAUUGGAAAUGGAUUGCAAACGAAACUAAAGAGCUGAAACAAUCUUGGCAGGUGUUGAAAUUUACACCCAGACCGAUACUCUACAUUCGUAUUACUGGCGUUUAUAACUCAGCAGGCAAUGAUUUCCGUAUUUUAUAUUUUGAAGCUCCCGCUCGAGUAAUUGUAGACGAUCGUGGGAAGAACAACGAAACAGAUGUUACAAUGACAGAAGCUUCGACUUCAAAUCCAGUCGUUUAAGACAAAUUCCAAUUAUAAGCAUAUUUGUGUUUGUUGCACGCUUAC